AUGACCUCCCGAUCUCCUUCUUCCCGUUCUUCUUUGCCUGCUACUAUUAAUACCGGUAGCGGGAGUACUCCCAUAACAACUCCAGCAUCAUCCUUAUCAUUAUCAUUAUCUACUGGUAGCUCUCAGCAAAAGAAGAAGAAAGUUGCCGUGAGCGGCACUUUUGUGGUUUUGUGUCUUUGCAGCUUUGCCGUGCUUUUCAUGGAACAGCAUGAUGUACAGAGAACCACUUCCACUACUACCAGUAGUAGUUCGACUACUAGUACUGGCGGUAGUACUGUAGAUACCAUUAUCAAUGCUACCCAGACAACCAUGGGAGAUUUGGCCAAAGAUACCCAAGCUACCCAUGCUACCCCGUUGGCUACCCAUGCUACCCAAGAUACCCCUACAUCUGGAUCUCCUGCUGCUGCAGUCAACUACACGGACUUGGAGUACAAGUUCUACCAACGGCACUACGAAGCGCUGCGUGGCACCAACAAGAUGGACUUUAUGUAUUUUGGCUUUGACAGUAUGGAGGGUCUCUUUCAAGCAUUGCCAAAAAACCGUUGGUACAAGGUCUCCAAGAAGGAUUUGGACCAUCACAUUCAAAAACGACAAUCUGUGCCGCACGAUCAUCCCACUCCUCUGGUUGGCAAUAACGACGUCAAUCGCAACAUUAUCUUCUUUCGCUCCAAAUACGAAAGUCUCUGUCAAGCCACACUGCUCUUUAAUCAGUAUCGAGCACUGCAUCCCCAAAAACCAUGGCGUCAUGUCCUCCUUUUUGGAUUCCAGCAAGAUUUGGGAGGACUCUCCAGUGAAAUUCCAGGAGAAACCACCGAUGGACGAGACGUCGCCAAAGUAUGGUCCAAAAUGGGAUGUUCCAAACAAGACAUUCGCACCUAUCUCGAUCAUCCGGAUACACUGGCUGCCAUUACUUCGCAGUUUCACUACAAAUGGGAUCAUCCCAAAACCCAUUCCAUUCCACUUGGGUUCAUGAACCCCAGUGUCGUCGAUGCCGCCUACACGGUCUUUCGCAAAUUGCCAUCGCCGCAUACUCUGCCCGCUCCCAUUACGCGGCGACGCGAAAUCUUGCUCAGUUUCAGUCUCAAGAAGCAGACACGAGCACGAGCCCAACAACAACUCGAUUUCAAUUUUCAAAACUCCACCAUUUCCACGGCACAAACAUGGCCCGAAAAGGAUCGUAAAAAGGCAUCUGCCAAAGUGGAAUACUUUCAAUUGCUGGCCGGAUCCAAAUUUCUCCUCAGUCCGCACGGUCUGGGCCUGGAUUGUUAUCGGACGUGGGAGGCACUCUUUAUGGGUGUGUGUCCCAUUGUGGAAACACUCGGUAAAAAACGCAUGCCCGAUGGAUGGUUUCGGACCCUCGAUGACUUGCCGGCAUUGGUAGUGGAGAGUUAUGCCCAAGUCACACCCGCCUUGUUGGAACAGACGUAUCAUGACAUGUUGCAACAGUGGGAUACGUAUCAGUGGGAGAAAUUGACCAAGCAUUGGUGGAUUCACUUUAUACUGCAGUUUUUUAUUGACAAUGACGACAAUAAUGCAGCGACGGCGGUGUAGUGGAGAGGACAGGACACGUACGUGAAACGGAUCUACGACGACAACAAUCUUGCUUUAUGCGCAGUGUCUGUCUGUCUGUCUGUCGAAAGGAAGCCAAUAUAAGGCCACGACUGCGACGGUUUACCCGCGAACGGUCGCUACAAUGCUGCACGGCUGCAUGGCCGGAAGGAGUGCUCUUGGGAUCACACACACACACGGCCCAUCCAUAAUUUUUU